AUGUCGGUCAGAUCCGAAGUAGCGUACGAUAGUGCGUAUCAGCACUAUAGAGAGAUGGUGGCGAGGGGAAAGAAGCUUUGCCAGAAGCUCGACGACGCACCAGGGCCCGAUCACACAGACCCCCCCUAUCUGACAACCCCUCUCUCCUUUGCCGGUAUCACCAACGACUAUGAUACGGAUACGGGGGUGAUGCGUGUGAAGGGUGUGUUGGGAACUGAAAUGGCAGAAAAUUGGAACGUUAGCCUGGAGAACUUCCGUUACGUAGAUGUUGGGUCGAAGCCGAAGGAAGGUGAAUAUCCCCCUGACAAUGCGUAUGUAAACUGGUUCGACGUUCGAGAUGGUUGCAUUAUAAACUACUCGAACUUUAAAGAAUUUGACAAGAACUCGCCGGAAACAAAAUUGUUUCCGAACGAAGUUGUGUGGCAGUCCUGGCUGAAAAUUGGUUAUGAGCAUUGGCGAGGAACCCAGAAGCAAUUUGAUUUCUCAAAACUCCGACUAAUUGGGAGGACAAAUGUGGUUAAUGAAGCAGCAAGAACCGCAAUUUGGUUUGCCGCAAGGCAUUCAAGCUUUCUGGAAUCCGAGACUGAGAAAGGUUCGGCUGUUUACACUCGUGGGCAUGAUGGCUACUAUGCCAUACUUGGCAGUCCCAACGGGGGAAGUUCUAUGCGUCUAUUGACGCAGUACAAGAAAGAGCUGAGGGGACGAUCCGUGGAGAAGGUUAUCGUGGUUGGUGAUGACGCUGGACCAACUGGUGGGCCUAUGUACUCCGACUUUUCGCGCGCCCGAGCCUUCCUCCUGGUAUUGUCGGAGCCAUCACAUGGAGAGAACCGCCAGGCAGGGUGGGAUAUAAAUACACUUCCCUAG